AUGUGGCAAAGUUCAUUAUCUAGAAGAUUAAAGGAAUUACGUGUACACUAUUGUCAGACUUCUCCGGCUAGUUUCGGUGUUAGAGACUAUAUCGCCAAAAAUUAUCUCACGCUAAAAAAAGCAAACCCAGAUUUUCCCAUCCUUAUUCGAGAAGCGAGCGGCGUAGAAGCGCGAUUUUUUGCACGUUAUGAUUUUGGAAAAGAAAAAAAAGUGAUAUUGAAUGAUUUGUCAACGAACGAAGUCGAAUCGAAAUUAAAAGAAUUAGUUGAAACGGGUGACGGAUGA